CGAUCCCUCUAUAAAGAGCAUCGCAAAACUGUAUCCCGAAGUGAAUGGGUUUUGCGCAACACGGAGUUUGGAGUACAGCAGUAAAACUCAGCGCGCCUUUAAUUGCCCGUAUUACCGGGGCUUGACAGAACUGACAGGACACACUGAGUCGGCUAAACAUCGCAAAAGCCAAGGAAGAGUCUACGGCAACAUGGGGGAGGCCGUGGGAAUAGUGAGUGCGCAUUAAAUACCGUCCGCUUGUUUUAGGCAUGCUGCUGGGUGCCAGAUAGGGGCGAAGCGUCCCGUGGUUUGAACGUGACCUGAGUGUGGCUGGAUGAUGUCCAUCGCGGGCCUUGCUGCACAGGAGAUCCACCUGCCCCCAGGGAACCUCCAUCUGCGGGACAUGGCCGGGGCCAAAGCGUCCUGGAGUCAUCACCACGACUUGGACAAUUUGUACUUCAGCCUCGACGCCACGGCGAUGGAGUACAGCCUCCGAGUGCAUCAGCUGAACCCUGCUGCUACAGGACCAGAGAGACAGCGCCCCCUCCCUCACAAGCAACACAGCUCUGGGGCUCAGCGCCUGCUGUCCAGGAAGUCACACCCCCUGAAGAUAAUUCUGCCAGGCGGAGCGGAAACAUCCAACCCCAGUGAUGGUGACCAGGUGGUGCCCUCCUUCCAGCGCCUGUCGGUGUACGAGCGUACCCCCCCUCACACGCCGGCGCGCAGCACCCGGCCCCUCCCGCCACUCCCGGGGUCUGCGGUUCUGGACCAGGUUGUGGACAGUGAAGUGGAGUUCUUCACCAGUGCCGACGACAGUCACUGCCUCAUGCCAGAGGCAGGCCCCAAGUCCUUUCGGUACGGCGCACCGGGCCGUCGCAGCUACAGGGGAUGUGGCCAGAUCAACUAUGCUUACUUUGAUGGCCCUGGGGGGCCUUCCGUCCUGGAGCCCGAACUGGAACCCGCUCCAGAGCCGGAGCAGCCGGCCGUGCUGGGCGGACCGAAGCCCCAGCGGCGCCUCCAUCGCUCCCACUCGGGCCCGGCAGGCUCCUUCAACAAGUCCGCCUCGCGCUUGUCCGGCCAACCGCGUGCCGCCCACACCCAGGGAAAGCCGGAGGUGCCGCCCCGCGUGCCAUUGCCUCCACGCCCGUUCAAGUCCUCCGACUCCAGUCGCCGUUGGUCGGCAGAAGUGUCUUCUGGCGGCUACAGCGACGAUGACCGCCCCCCCAAGGUGCCUCCCCGUGAACCCUUGUCCAGUGGUGGAUCUCGCACCCCCAGUCCCAAGAGCCUCCCCAUGUACCUCAAUGGCGUGAUGCCUCCCACCCAGAGCUUUGCCCCCGACCCCAAAUACGUGAGCCGGGCCCUGCAGAGGCAGCACAGCGAAGGCUCCCCCUGCAUCCUGCCCAUCAUGGAAAAUGGCCGCAAGGCCAGCACCACGCACUACUUCCUCCUGCCCCAGAGGCCCGCCUACCUGGAUAAGCUGGAGAAGUUCCUCAGGGAGACUGACAGUGAUGCUGUCCAUGAUGGGGCCUCCGGCCUAGAGGGUGAUUGUCUGGCCAAAACUAAGCUGCCCUUGGACUUCGUGUGAAUGUGUUGUCGAUCCGAUCAGAGUGAGAUGGGGGUGAACGUCUACCGGUGAUGCAGCAGUGCCCCCUGGCUUCAUUUGACAUGCUGCUCGCUCGCCGCUCUCGUCCCGGGGUUCAAAAAGCGAGCAGCGGACUGGCCUGCCUGCUGCAGAUUUCUUUGUUCGUAUCGAAACUGGCUCGUUUUGAUCCAUCCACUGUCUUUAGUACAUCUACUCAACACUGUCUUUUGUGGGAUAUUAUUGACUAAGAAUUAUUUUUGAUAAUAUUACUGUAACUUGUCAAUAUUAUUAUUAUUAUUAUUAUUGUUAUUACUAUUUUAUUAAUAUAUAAGACAUGAUAGUGUCUUGGUAUGAGCUGGUCUUGUACCUCCUGUAAUUCAGUGUUUUUUGUUUUGCUGUUUUUCUCUGAACAUGAUGCAGAAAAGCUACAGACUACAGGUGCAUGUUGCUGUUAUUUUCAAACAUGACCCAAGAUGGGAUAGAGCAUCAGUUAAAAAAUUUAAAUUUUAAAUGAUAUGCUUGUAGAGACUGUGCAGAGACCAAGAUGUCUGAAAAGGAUCAUGAAGGAUUUUUUUUGGCAUUUUUCCCUAUUGGUUGCACAUGUCUGUGGAAACGUAGCAUCCAUUUGGGAGACCUUUUGGAGGGAUGAUCUUUUUGUGAUUUUAAAACGACUUCGUUGUAGUUUCCCCCCAGAGCUGUUUGGCCAUGCGUCAUCUCCUCUUUACAGAAGAGUGUAUGCAUGCAGGCGUGCGUGCGUGCGAGUGCGUGCAAGGUAUCGUGAGAAUGUUGCAGUGUAUUGGUGUGAGGCACGGAAGGACAGUGAGUUUGUGUGUCUCUCGGUGCUUGUCCUGGGCAGGAGUCACGGGGUGUCUGUCUACGUUUUGUUUGAAGUGCAUAAGUGUAGUCACUGGUGUUUUGUGUGUGCACCCCUUUGGUGUUAGAAAGCACAAUAGCACACCCCAACAUUUUAAAAAUGAAGGAGGUUUUCCACAGUUUAUCUGGCUUCUGAUCUGUAAAAACUACCUUUUCUAAAUGUGAAACAUACCAGUCGUGCUUCAGAAAGCCGUUGUAUGUUGUUUUGGUCUACCUGUCAGAAACGGGACUCUAGUUUUGCCCCAAAUAGAUCUCAUCUUAAUGCUAUUUAUUCAAAGUGCUGUUUUAUUCUUUUCAUUGUCUUGUAUUAACUAAAACCUCGGGAAGUGAAUUUUCAGACAGUCCCUGAGCAGAUUGCUCAGACCAGGCCCAACCAGUUUUACCCCACAGCGCAGACAGCCAACAGACACCUUCCAUCCCACACCUAAUCUGUAUCUCUGUUAUUUGUUCAUGUUGUCCUGAAGUGAAGGGAUCAACAACCUUGGUCCAAUGAUUGGGUCAGUUACAGGCCAAAGAUAAACACACCAAAAUCUACCCUACUUUACCCCCAAGGCUGCUUACACAAACUUGCAAAUACGUUUUUAGUUGGUUUUUUGGUUGCUAAGUAUGGUGACAUUGGUAUCUAAUGCAGAAAGUCCAUGCAGAGAGAUAAAGCUAGACCAGCUUAUGACUGAAGAAUUGCAGCAUGCUUCUCUGGUCCAUAUAAUGGCUUUGAGGAACCUUCAACUCACUUUCCGGGUAUCUGUUUUCACAGGUCCUUCAAAGAAGACUUCACAUAGUACUUGGUUCUGGUCUGCCAAAGUUCUUGCUUGUUUGGUUGAAGAUUGUUCUAUUGCGAGUCCUGCAGGGUUGGGGAGUGCAGUUUUGAGACAUCCCUGGCUAUUUGGGUCUGUUUGGUCCUUGCAGCUGCUCUCGUAUUGGCACGUUCUAGAAACCAAAAGUCACUGAGGUCUGUCGAGACACUGCAGGACAGUUUAUCAGGCUUAAUCAUGCCUUUCUGCUGGACAAUGCCGUAGAUAGUAUAACCUGGAUUUGAAAGAUGUUACAUUGGAUUUUAAGUUUUGUGUUAUGGAGGUCUUGAACACACCAGUGGGGUGUAAAUGUAGAAUGUAUUUUUUUUAAUCAUCCUGACAUGCACCAUAUCAUAAAAAUAUCAUAAAAAUAUCACUCACUGUGCAAAUACCAUGUCUUAUUCUUUGUCAGAUUACCAGAAAGCUGUUUACAUUAGAAAACGAAUAUAUAUAUAUAUAUAUAUAUAUAUAUAUAUAUAUAUAUAUAUAUAUAUAUAUAUAUAUAUAUAUAUGACAUUGUGAAUGAAUUUACUUUGAACUGUCUAUGUCUUAUUGAAAAACUAAAUGAAGGCAUGUUUAAGAAUUUGACAUUCUUUGUUGUGGUAGUAGAAAAUGCACUGAUAUUACAGUACGUAAUGUGUACAGUAUUUUACAGAAGUCAUGUUGUAUUGAAGAAUGUUGUACUUAAUAUUCUGUCUAUAAUCUUGAGAAAGAAAUAAUAAAAUGACUUAUUUAUGAGUGA